AUGGCAAGACCCCAAGCCCUUCAGUGCCUGGUUCUUUGCCUGCUUAUUUUUGCCACGCUGAGCUACGGUUCUGUGAACUUCCCUCAGUGUUUUUCCGAAAUCCGCAACGGAGACCACGGCUUGGAUGGUCUCACCGACAACAACGGCAACCCCACAACAGACCUGACUCGCGGCACUGCUGUCACAUACAAGAGAUGCGUCGAAGUCUGCGGAGGAGGCGGUGGCGCUUUUUCGUGGUCCUCGUUCUCACAACAGUUCUCCGCGUGGCUCCUUCCAUGGCUCGCUUUGCUUUCCCAAUUUCCAUUUGGCUGCCGCGAAAGAUGGGACAACUUUAUGUCCAUCUUUCUCGCUCUCGGUAGUCCGUGUCUCGCGGCGUAUUCGCUGGCCCUCACUAUCCUCAAUGUCAAGUGGGUCGUCCAUCGAUUCCACAAUGUCAGAUACCCGAACAAGGACUGGGCCAUCGUCAUCCUUUCGAACCUGCAGCACAUGCCGCUCAAAGUAACGAGAAGCUUUACAGCCGCGAUUAACCAGCAAGACGUUGAAUACCCGUUGUUGGCCUCCCUCAUUGUUCUUCCUGACAACGAUGCAUGGUGGGAGAAGCUUGAGAGGGACCUCAACUACGCAGACCCUCAUACCUGGUCGAUUGCGAGCGUAAGUUCGAUUGCAUGGGUCAUUGUCGCGUACACUCUGACUGUUGUCGAUGCAUUCACAACUGUCUCGAGUGACCCCAACGAAAAUGGGCAGGGACUCUCUGGCGUUGGGAGUAUCUGGCUAUGGAUGAUCCCCGUCACUAUUGGCUACCUUCAAUUGUCUCCUCGCUGCGACGCCAACCGUGUAGAAGAAGUUCUGACCGAAGCCAAUCGAAAUUCGUUUGUCGCGGGCUCCUAUGGCAGCAUGGAUGUGCCUUCGGGAGAACGGGCUAUCACAAUCCAACGGCACACCCAACACCAAGCGCUGCAUGCGGAUCAAGUUGCGACCGCCCCGAUUUACAACUAUGCUCGUUUUCUUUCCUUCGUCCACGCUGUGGAGGGAUUCGCAUGUGCUUUUGAUGCUGCCACCGACAAGGCCCACAAUCGGAUCCCGGUUUCGGGUGGCCCGCCGGCCUGGAGACCGGGCGAUGGAAAGACGGUCCACGCUGACAACCGACGUGGAAAUAACGACCAGAUCGAAGAAUACUGCUCGCCUCUCCCAAACCGCUCGCAUUGGGGAUCCGGAGUGUUCACUCGGUUCUUUGUUGCCGCGUUGGCUGGGCUGGUGCUUCAGUGGGGCACAAGCGGCGGCUCCAUUGUCAUCGUCUACUACACCCCCACGGUCGGCUUUGGCUGCCGCUCAACGGCCUACCUCGUCUAUGCCGGUUUCGCCACACUCAUCUGGAUCACCCUCGUUGUCAGCAGCUUCCUCGCCCACUACGCUAUGUCCUAUCGCUUCACCAAUUCACCCACCCAGCCUCUGCCGCAAACAAUCGCAGAGCAGCUCUCCAUCUUCCUCCGGCGCGUGGCGAAGGUGGGCGCGAUGCUCAAUGCAGUGUGGAUUCUGGUGGCCUUUCUCCUCCAGUUCAGCAACUUUUACGACCGCUGCUACUGCAAUUCGGAUGUGAUCGGGCUGGGCAAACGGGCGCAUAAUGUCAUGGUCCUACUGGCGCCGGACAUUUCUAAUAUGAAGGCGGCCUGGGUGGGCGGCAUUGCCCUGGCUGUGGUCGUAACGGUGGCUUGGUGGAUCUUUAUCACGUUGAUGUCGAACCCACCACCGCGUCCUUAUCAUGUUGCGUGA